AUGGGUUCCGUCGAGCAUCUGCAGCGGGCCCACCCUCCAAACCCAUCCAUCUCCCUGCACAGGAAUGUGGUGUCGUAUGCCGAUGGCCCGAGGGGCAACUCAACAGGGCGCCUGCUGUUCUAUCUCACCACCCUGGAUGCAACAGCAUAUGACGCGCAAGCCAACGCUUCGGCCAUGCUGACGGUGUCCGAGGCGCAGCUGCCGGGCAGCUGCCGUGGGCUGGAUGCGGAGGACCCCCCUUGCGCCAAGAUCUCCAUCUUGGGGGAGCUUCACCGUGUACCUGCGUCCGAGGAGGGAGCUGCACGGGAUUGGCCUGCUGGCCACGAAUUUCACAUGUACGAGCUCUUCAUCCAGCAGAUCCAGCUACUGGCCUGGUAUGGCGGCCCUCGCCAGAUCACCCCCCAGGACUACUUUGGUGUCCAGCUGUGA